AUGGGCCCACCCACAAAAUCAAGCAACAAAAAGGCAGUCAACCCUUCCCAAGCGAAGGCGCCAAAGACUUUGCGGUCUUCCUCAAGGUCUGCCAGCGUUAAGAAGACCACGGCUGCCACCAAGAAAAAUGUUAAGUCUAAAGAGGUGGUCGAAGAUACCGACGGUGAAGAGCGGCCUGAUGACCCUGCUCUCCCUUCCACUCCUCCUAGCCACGGUCGCUCUCUACGUAAGCGGUCUGCCCCUGCUCCCGAGACUCCGUCAAGUGCUUUGAAAAGUCUGUCCCUCGAAUCACCUACUAAAAAGGCUCGUAGGGGAUCCGUUCCUGCCCUUAAGCCUACGCUAGGUUCCCCAUUCGUCGAGAUCAAGAAAAGUCCUGUCAAGGCGAACACCCUUCGAACGUCCUGUUCCCCAAAGAAGGUUCCGGCGAAAGCGGCGCGCCAAGAGGUUAUCGAGGACGAUUUUGUCGUACCUGACGAAGACGAAGGGGACGAGUGCAGCGACGGUGACGAUUACCAGCCCGAAGACGACGGAAAUGAGGACUGUGCCCAAGAAGACUCCGAGCCUGAGGCUGUAGCCACGGACGGUGAAGAUCUCGAGGAUGAUGUGGAAGACUUUGUUGGAGAGAAUGUGGACGAUGAAGGUGCGACGUCGGACGUAGAGACUCAGGAGGCCAGCGACGAGGAAGACGGCGAGGAGGAAAUCGAGCACCAAGGAGACGAAGAGGGUGGUGAGGCGUCGGCCGAUGGUUCUGAUGAAGAAGAGGGGAGUGAUACCGAGAUUUACGAGCCCGGAGCCUUCUUCCCAAGAGUUCUGAGCUCAAGAGAUCCCGUUCUCGAUAUCGACAGCUUGCAGGAUCCCAAUGCACCUGAAGGUGUGUAUCCUGACGAUCUAUCCCUAUUGAGGCCUGGAUCCAUCGAGUCCCGUACCGAUAAUGAGGCCACCAACAUUCUUCCCUCGGCCAUUCAAAGGUCCUUGCCCCAGGUCAAAGACGCCGUCAUAUGGCGUCAUCUCGUUUGGUCCGGAAACAAAAACGCUGUGAACCUGGCUAGGGUUGCUGUCGGUUCUGUUGGCAGUAGACCAUACGAGCGGGAGAAUACUGAGCUGAUAGUUCGUGGUCGAGGAACUGCAAUCUGUGUUGUCUUUGGGCUCGUCCAGGAGUCAAACUUAUAUUCUCCUCGCCUGUGGAAUGGGAACACGCCCGGAGAAAGGCAGGAGUUCGUCAGCUUCAACCUUCUCGUUAACCCUUUCACCUUCGAGCGUCAACGAAUCAUGGCCCACACUGUUAUGGCGAUGAACAACUGGUCCAUGAAGUCUACUGAGCACAAGGGUGGUUUGAAUUUGACGACGUUGUCUGCGAAGAUUGGCACUCCGGCCACCAAAAAGAAGGAACCAAACACAUUCUUCGAUCUCACGGCCAACAUGGUCAACACCGCCAGCGCUGGAUAUGGCAGCAUUUCCCCUCGCAGGUACACAGAGAAAGUCCCGGUCUACGACGCCACUGGAAUUGAGGACUUUGACAUCGACAAUCACAUCGACGACCUCAGUGGCACCCUCCCUCAAUGGCCAGAAGGCAAGGAGAUCCCAAUUCUGUCUCUCGUUAUCGCCGGCUACACAGUUCGCCACUCCCUGGGUACCAACAGCAACAAGUGGCUCAUGAACACGUACAUCCAAUGGGUAAUUGUGAUCGCUGACAAGGACCAAGCUGCCGGUUUCCCUGCACCAAAAGCGUCGAAGGCGAAAGCCAGCGCCAAAGCAACGUCCACGAAAACUCCCAAGUCGGCGGCGGCUACCCAAAAACCCUCCAGGAGCUCCAGGUCGGCAAAGAAGACUUAA